AUGUUGCUGAUGCUAAUCCAAGUGGCGGGUGCGGUGGUAUCUCAGGAGCCAGAUUGUACGAGAUACAUUGAGUGGUUGUGUGAUAAGAGGGCAGAGCCAGAGGAAGGUGCGUAG